UAUGGUUAAACUGUGGUAAUACCAAUUCGGAGCUUGCUGGGUUUGUUCUCGGAGUUGCUCCUAUGACUCCUAUCAGUCCUUCGUGAAGAAGACAGGUGCCAGAAAAAUUUUAAUACAGAAGAGUUCUUUGCACUAAAUGCUAUUCCUGGAAACGCUACUACCUACAGAGCCAAAGUUAUUCUUAUUACAAGUGUUCUCUUGUAUCUAAAUUUACCAUUGAAAUUUAGCCAUAUAGUUUUUGACCAAAAUAGGAGCUAAUAUAGAAGAAGAAGAAAUAUAUAAAAAUCUGAAUAUAUGUUAAAAAAUUUACCUAAUGAAAGAGAGAGAGAGAAAGAGAGAGGAUUUAUGAAUAACGCAAGAAAAAAUAUAGAAGAUUUAGAUAAUGUAUCUUUAUCAAAACAAGCUAAAAAUACAUCUUUUCAGGCUGCUUUUAGUAACUUGAAGAAAUCUGAGUUUUUCAAGGAUGUGUCAACUUCUAAACCUGAAACGUCUGUGGCAACAUUUUCAAACAGAUCCAACACUGUCCUUGUCAGUCCAAAACAGAAAGGCAACCCUUUGUUGAAGUUUAUAACCAAUGUACUAUGGGAGUAUUCUGACAUUGUACCAGAUUAUGUAAUGGGAAAGACUACAUGUGCUCUUUUCUUAUCGAUUCGUUAUCAUCAACUAAAUCCGGAUUAUAUUCAUGAGAGACUUAAAUUAUUGGGCAAUGCUUACAACCUGCGAGUGCUCUUGGUACAAAUUGACGUCGCUGAUCCUCAUCAUGCUCUAAAACAUCUAACAAGGAUUUCUAUUUUGGCAGACAUGACAAUAAUAUUAGCAUGGAAUGCUGAGGACGCAGGAAAAAUUAUUGAAACUUACAAAAGAUAUGAAAGCAAACCGCCUGAUGAUAUCAUGGAACGUAGCGAUACAGCACCUCAUCAAAAAUUAGUUAACUCUUUAACGACGGUAAAAUCUAUCAACAAAACUGAUGCAACAACUCUUCUAACAACCUUUGGCACAUUAGCUGACAUUGUAAAAGCACAACCCAAUACUUUGGCUUUGUGUCCUGGAUUUGGUUUGCACAAAGCUCAAAAGCUUCACAGGGUUUUGCAUGAAUCUUUUUUACGCACAUCAAAUGUCUCUACAAAAUAAUAUAAAAUCUUUCAGUGUAUACAAUAUUUUCAGUAUUAAGUAUGCUUCAAUUGUACUGGAAUAAAAUAAUUGAAGUUAAAAUA